AUGAGACUGGUACUUCCUAACCCUGGACUGGAAGACCGGAUCUUCAGCCAUGAAGAUCUGGAGAGGAUGGAAAAGGAGAAGACUGCGGACAGACCUAAGUGGGACAACAAAGCCCAGUACAUUUUAACAUGUGUGGGUUACUGUGUUGGGAUUGGCAAUGUGUGGCGGUUUCCUUACUUGUGUCAAAGUCAUGGAGGAGGUGCCUUUCUGAUCCCCUACCUGAUCCUGCUGAUAUUUGAAGGAAUGCCUCUCCUGCUACUAGAGUUUGCCAUCGGCCAGCGUCACAGGAAAGGCAGUGUGGGGGUUUGGAAGGCCAUCAACCCUUACCUGACUGGUAUUGGUAUCGCCUCCAUGCUGGUAUCUUCAAUAAUUCUAACGUACUACAAUACCUUAAUAGCCUGGAUGAUGUGGUAUUUCUUCAACUCCUUUCAAGACCCUCUGCCUUGGACCCAGUGUCCUCUCAAUGAAAAUAGAACAGAAUUCGUAUCAGAGUGUCAACGCAGCACCACUGUGGAUUAUUACUUUUACCGAGUGACCCUGAACAGCACACCCUCCAUAGCUGACUCUGGAGGACUCCAGUGGCAGAUAGUGCUGUGUCUGUUAGCUGCCUGGGCAGUCCUCUGUAUCUGCUAUAUACGGGGGAUCCGUUCUUCAGGAAAGACAAUGUACGUCACAGCCAUCCUGCCUUACAUAGUGCUGGCCAUCUUCCUGAUCCGAGGACUGACUCUCAAAGGCUCAGUGACUGGACUACAAUAUCUCUUCACACCAGAUGUAUGUUUCACAUUUUGA